UUUGCUGUGGACAUGGCACUCCCACAGCAAAGAUGGGUUUCCGCCCUCUCCCCUCUCUAUUACUACUUACUUUCCUCACUCUACAGUGCUUUCAACUGCUGCCGCUUGUAGCUGAAGCCUCUACCAAACUUUACAUUGUGUACAUGGGAGAGAGGAAACAUGAAGACCCAAAUCAUGUCACAGCUUCUCAUCAUGACUUGCUAACAUCUAUUCUUGGGAGCAAGGAAAAUGCUCUGUCCUCGAUCGUAUACAGUUACAGGCAUGGCUUCUCAGGCUUUGCAGCUAUGCUCACAGAAUCUCAAGCAGAGUUACUAGCAGACUCACCUGAAGUCAUCAGCGUAAAGCCAAGUCGGACCUAUGAGCUGCACACGACUCGAAGCUGGGAUUUUCUCGGACUUGACUAUAUGCAUCCCACUGAACUUCUUAAAAAGAGCAACUUCGGAGAUGGUGUCAUCAUUGGGAUGGUUGAUACAGGGAUAUGGCCUGAAUCGAAGAGCUUCAAUGACGAUGGAUAUGGCCCCAUACCCUCACGGUGGAAAGGAAUAUGCCAGGUCGGGGAGGCGUUCGAUGCCAAUAAUUGUAGCCGAAAGAUCAUCGGAGCUCGAUACUACACUGCCGGGAUCAGCGACAGGAACCUCAAGCUCGAUUUCUUGUCCCCCCGGGAUGCCAACGGCCAUGGCACCUUCACGGCCUCCACGGCUGCCGGCUCCAUCGUGGAGAAUGUGAGCUUCCACGGGCUCGGCGCCGGCGUGGCAAGAGGCGGUGCCCCCCGUGCUCGGCUGGCCAUCUACAAGGCAGUGUGGGGGACUGGAAGGGGCCUCGGCGCUGGUAACAGCGCGACGGUGCUCAAGGCCAUAGAUGACGCUAUUCAUGAUGGGGUGGAUAUCCUAUCCCUAUCACUUACGGUGGACGAUGACUCAUUUGGUUCGUUGCAUGCCGUGGCCAAAGGGAUAACAGUGGUAUAUUCGGCCGGCAACCUAGGCCCCAUGCCUCAGACCUUGUCAAACACCGCCCCUUGGGUCAUAACAGUGGCUGCUAGCACGAUCGACCGGUCUUUUCCUACCGUCGUCACCCUUGGAAACCAAUAUCAGAGUUUUGUGGGCCAAUCCAUCUUCUACAACUCCACCAAAGACCCAAGAAGAAACUUCAAACCACUAGUGUAUGGUGAUAGUUGCACCGAGAUUUCUCUGAAUGGUACAAACAUAGCCGGAACGGUUGUCCUGUGCGUGGCUGCUUUGGUCUCACCAACAUCUCUAUUCUCUACAGCACUCUCCAAUGUUCUGAAAGCUGGGGGUGAGGGACUGAUCUUUGCGCAAUACACAACCAAUCUCCUCGUAAUGACUGAAGCAUGUGAAUCAAUACCUUGUGUUUUAGUGGACUUCGACACUGCAAAUCAAAUCUUCAAUUACAUAGACAGUGAAAGGGAUCCAAUGGUGAGUGUAGAGCUGACGCGCAAUGUUAUAGGGAAAGAGGUCUUGUCUCCAAAGGUAGCAGCAUUUUCUUCGAGAGGUCCGGCGAUACUGUUUGCCGGUUUGCUCAAGCCUGAUAUUGCUGCACCUGGAGUCAACAUCUUAGCAGCGACAAGGAACUCAUAUAAUUUUGGUUCAGGAACCUCAGCAGCUUGCCCGCAUGUAUCAGGAGUAGCAGCUCUGCUCAAAUCCCUGCAUCCUGAGUGGUCUCACGCUGCCAUAAAAUCAGCACUUGUCACCACUGCAUCCAUUACCAAUGGAUAUGGCAUGCCAAUACAAGCAGAGGGACUCCCAAGGAAGAUUGCCGAUCCUUUCGACUAUGGGGGAGGCCACAUCGAUCCAAACAAAGCUGCUGACCCUGGCCUUAUUUAUGAUAUCAAUCCAAAAGACUACUACAAGUUCUUCAAUUGCACUUUAGCACCAUUUGAGAUUUGUGGCUCAGAGAUAGAACCUCUGUAUUACCUGAACCUCCCCUCCAUUGCCAUUCCCAAUCUGAAAGAUACUGUCGCAAUUUGGAGGAAUGUUACCAAUGUGGGUAAAGCUGAUGCUAUAUAUGAAGCGGUUCUCCAACCUCCACCAGGUGUUCAUAUGAUUGUGGAGCCUUCGACCCUUGAGUUCAAUGCCAAAAACAAGAUGCGGACCUUUAAAGUAAUCUUCAAGUCCAUUCACAAAGUGCAAGGGGACUACAUGUUUGGGAGCGUAACUUGGUGGGAUGGAUUUCAUUCAGUAAGGAUUCCAAUUGCUAUUCGUGUAUUGAUCGAGGACUUCUACGCCGAUACCGCAUAGAAUUGACGUGAGGGGAGAAUAAUCUUAAUUAUGAGGUGAAAUAAAUGAGUAUUUCUGCUCUGUAUCAAGAUUGAUGAGAUAUAUUCUGUUGCUAUUGUCACCUGUGCACAUAGAAGUGGGCUAAUGCUCUUGCCAUCAGCCCUUUGUUGAACACUCUAAGACGCCAGUAAUUUUGAUGGAUCUG